CUCGAGUACCAUUACAUUAUCGAUAACUAAAUAAAACAAAGAGAGAAGCAGAUAAUGGCAAUGUGUUUCACUUGCAGAUUCGCAAUUCUGCUAACUCUUCUUCUGACCAGCUUAGCAGACAUGGAUGAUGUUGGUUUCAUCUACAAUGGAUUUCUGUCAGCUAAUCUAAGCCUUGAUGGCAUCGCAAAGUUGACUUCGAAUGGGCUCCUAAAGCUCACCAAUGAAACAGGCAGGCAUAAAAAAGGCGGUGCUUUCUACCCUCACCUUAUUAACUUCAAGAACUCAACCAACGGUUCCGUUUCUUCCUUCUCUACUACCUUUGUCUUCGCUAUUAUUUCUGAAUCCCAAGCUUUCAGUGGUCACGGAAUAGCUUUCGCAAUUUCACCAACCAGGGGCCUCCCCGAAGCUCUUCCAAGCGAGUAUCUCGGACUCUUCAACGAUUCCAACAACGGCAAUGCUACAAACCACGUUAUUGCUAUAGAACUCGUUACGGUUCAAAGCAACGUCUUCAAUGACAUCAAUAACAAUCACGUUGGGAUUGAUAUUAAUGGGCUAAAUUCUACCUAUUCUUUUCCAGCUGGAUAUUACGAGGAUGACAGCCGUCAGUUUAGAAACCUGAGUAUGAUCGAUGGGCAAAGGAUACAAGUUUGGGUCGAAUAUCAUGGUCGAGAGAAGCGAAUGGAUGUUACGUUAGCACCAUCUAGAGUUUCUAAACCCAAGACUCCACUUUUAUCUUUGCCUCUUGAUCUUUCUUCAAUUGUUAACAGUAAGAUGUAUGUUGGUUUUUCAUCCUCAACUGGCGCUCUUAUCUCAUCUCAUUAUGUCUUGGGUUGGAGCUUUAAGAUGAAUGGUCAGGCGCAAGAGCUUACCCUGUCUCGACUUCCAAAGCUUCCUCGUUUAGGACCAAAGAAAAAAUCAAGGCUUUUGACAAUUGGGUUGCCUUUGGUUUUAGCGAGUGUGAUUUUGGCUGGAGUUUCAAGUGUAGUUUAUUUCGUAAGGAGGAAGAGGAAGUUCGCUGAAAUUGUUGAAGAUUGGGAACUUGAGUAUGGGCCGCAUAGAUUCAAGUUUAAAGAUCUACAUGUUGCUACAAAGGGAUUCAAAGACAAGGAGCUAUUGGGUGCUGGUGGAUUCGGAAGAGUCUAUAAAGGAGUUCUUCCAACCAGUAAACUUGAGGUUGCAGUGAAAAGAGUCUCACGUGAAUCGAAACAAGGGAUGAAGGAAUUCAUAGCAGAAAUCGUGAGUAUCGGUCGUCUCCGCCACCGAAAUUUAGUUCAACUCUUGGGAUAUUACCGGCGUCAAGGUGAGCUACUUCUGGUCUAUGACUACAUGCCAAAUGGAAGUCUGGAUAAGUACUUGUACAACCAGCCAAAGCUCACCCUUAACUGGGGUCAAAGAUUCAGAGUCAUCAAAGGUGUAGCAUCAGGAUUAUUUUAUCUACAUGAAGAACGGGAGCAAGUUGUAAUUCACAGGGAUGUUAAGGCUAGCAAUAUUUUGCUUGAUAGUGGACUAAAUGGAAGAUUAGGAGAUUUUGGGCUCGCUAGAUUAUAUGAUCAUGGAACUGAACCACAAACUACUCAUGUUGUGGGCACAGUUGGUUACCUUGCCCCAGAGCUUACUCGAACCGGGGAAGCUACACCCUGCACCGAUGUGUUUGCUUUUGGGGCAUUUUUGCUUGAAGUUGCUUGUGGAAGAAGGCCAAUAUCACAAUCUUCAACAGAUGUCAUUCUAGUUGACUGGGUGUAUUCUUGCUGGCGCAAAGGUGAUAUUCUUGAGGCAAAGGAUCCAAAUUUGGGUUCAGAUUGUGUCGCUGAGGAAGUUGAGUUGAUUUUAAAACUUGGGUUGAUAUGCUCCCUGUCAGAGCCUGAAGCCAGGCCAACUAUGCGCCAUAUUGUUCAGUUUUUAGAAGGAGAUAUUCCCUUUCCCAGAAUGUCAUCACUUCGUCUCUCUUAUAGUGGUAUAGCAUUUUCCCAUCGCACAGGCUUCGAUGAAUUUGCCAUGCCGUACACAUCUUCCUUGAACAACAAAUUCUCCCAUUCUUCUUCUGCUGAAGCUUCUCUUCUUUCAGGGGGCCUGUGACUGUAAACUU